UUACAAAAUCUUCCUUAACUAACAACAACGGAUUGUCAUCCACACCCCACCCCGAAAUUCAUUACCAUUUUCCACCAUCAAACAAACUCUUUCCUUUUACUCCAUUCAUUUUACCCACCUCCCAUUUUAUACCAACUUUGUUUAGCUCUUUCUUUUUAUUCAAUUCUCUUCCAUCUUUCUCAAAGGAUCAAGCUUUUUAUCGUGUAUCAAAAUUUUAAGAAUUUAGAAGAUGGCGGACGGAGAAGAUAUUCAGCCCCUUGUUUGUGAUAAUGGAACUGGAAUGGUCAAGGCUGGAUUUGCUGGAGAUGAUGCCCCAAGAGCCGUCUUCCCUAGCAUUGUGGGCCGCCCACGUCACACCGGAGUUAUGGUUGGUAUGGGUCAGAAGGAUGCAUAUGUCGGGGAUGAGGCUCAAUCCAAAAGAGGUAUCCUUACUUUGAAGUACCCAAUUGAGCAUGGUAUCGUUAGUAACUGGGAUGAUAUGGAAAAGAUUUGGCAUCACACGUUCUACAAUGAGCUUCGUGUGGCUCCAGAAGAGCACCCAGUUCUUCUUACUGAAGCACCACUUAACCCAAAAGCCAAUCGUGAGAAGAUGACACAGAUCAUGUUUGAAACAUUUAAUGCUCCUGCCAUGUAUGUUGCAAUUCAGGCUGUUCUUUCGCUGUAUGCCAGUGGUCGUACGACUGGUAUCGUGCUUGAUUCGGGAGAUGGUGUCAGCCAUACUGUUCCCAUAUAUGAAGGGUAUGCACUCCCGCAUGCCAUAUUGCGUUUGGACCUUGCAGGACGUGACCUGACUGAUGCAUUGAUGAAAAUUCUUACUGAACGAGGUUAUUCGUUCACUACAAGUGCUGAACGGGAAAUUGUGAGAGAUAUGAAAGAGAAAUUGGCAUAUAUUGCCCUUGAUUUUGAACAGGAACUAGAGACCUCUAAGACUAGCUCUGCAGUGGAAAAGAGCUUUGAGUUACCUGAUGGGCAGGUGAUCACAAUUGGGGCUGAGCGGUUUAGGUGUCCUGAAGUUCUUUUCCAGCCAUCCAUGAUCGGGAUGGAAGCUGCGGGUAUUCAUGAGACAACAUAUAAUUCGAUAAUGAAAUGUGAUGUGGAUAUUAGGAAGGAUUUAUAUGGAAACAUUGUGCUUAGUGGUGGAACGACUAUGUUUCCUGGUAUUGCUGACAGAAUGAGCAAGGAAAUUACUGCUUUAGCCCCGAGCAGCAUGAAGAUUAAGGUUGUGGCUCCACCUGAAAGGAAAUAUAGUGUCUGGAUUGGAGGGUCAAUUUUGGCAUCCCUUAGCACCUUCCAACAGAUGUGGAUCGCAAAGGCUGAAUAUGAUGAAUCUGGACCUUCAAUUGUGCACAGGAAAUGUUUCUAAGCACGGGAAAGAAAGUAAACAAGCACAUUCAGUACUAUUCAGGAGACAUUGCAUUCUAGUAAUCUCCAAUCGUUCAGAUUUUCAUCAGGAGAGUGAACAUAAGCAGGCAGGUUGUUUCCCAGAAUAAUUUCACAAAUCAUUAAAGUAGUUACUUAGUUUUGCUAAGAAAAAUCUAUCAAUCAACAUAUCGUUGUACUUUUAUUUUUUCGUUUUAAUAAUGUACAAACGCUGUAAGGGAUUUGUUUUUAUGAAUGAAUUACUUGUAGCAGUACCGGUUAACCAUAA